AUGGAAAAUAUAAUUUUACGAAAGCAACAUUACCAGCCAACAAUGUUUCAUUCAUUUGUAUUGCUUUUUAUUUUAUUCAUUGCAAAAACUUCAGAGGCAGUUCCCGAAAUUCAAACUUAUCGGAUGCAAAAUAAAUUGUUAGAAGAAACACAAUUUAGUAAUCCGAAAUCAUUUGAUUAUAAUUUCGAAGAUGAUUUAAAGAAGUAUGCUGACAAAAACGAUGUAUACGAUGAAUUAGUACCACAUUUGCCAUCAUUUACUUUACAUAAAAAUGGCAAAUAUGCUGGACGAACAAGUGUACCAAUUAUUACACGUAAAAUGCCAAGUUGGUCAACACCAUCACCGAGACAAAAAUUUGUUGAACCUUAUAAGCCAUUCUCAAUUAAAUUAUGGAAUAAUGCUCAACAAUCUCUACAAAAGCCAACAGCAGCAUUAUUUACUAAAUCACCAAUUAGCCAAAGGUUAACGACAACUAGAGCACGAAUUCCUAAAACACGAACUACAACAGCACGAACUACUACUAGAGCACGAAGUAGUACUACAAGAUUUCGAACAUUUUUGCAACAACAACAACAACAACGACACCAACAGAAGCAGAAGCAGCAACGUCGACUACAGAAACAACGAGAGCACAAUACUAGGCAAUCAUCUUGA